AUGGCCCAAGAGCAGCCCGCCGAGGAGCCGCCGCAGCCUCCCGCUGCCGAGGUUCCGGAGGUCGACGAGUCGCUCCAGCCCUUCGACAUCAACCUCUACCUCCCCAAGCGACCCCUCAUCCCCUCGGCCGCCGCCUCCCAAAAUGGUCUUCCCGAGACUCCGUCGCCGCUCAAGGUGGCCGUGACGCCCCAGGAGACGCUCAACGACCUCCGCGUCACCAUCACAGACAGCCCCGAGGGCUACUGGCUCGGUGCCUUCUGCUUCCGCAAGCCUCAGCCAGGCGCUGCCCCCACCGCCAAGGGCGCCAAGGUGGCGCUGGGUGAGCGUGUGUCCGAGUGGACCGAGCUGCGCGAAGUCUUCCAGGAUGUUCCCAAGGACCAGCGCGAGCUCUACGUCACCCACGUUCCCUUCAACGAGGCCGAUGCACGCGCCCACGUCCAGCGCCUUCGCGACCUACUCAGCGGUGGUGCCGCCGAUCCGAGUGCCAUCGGUGUCGACGCGGCUCUCAGCGUUCAGGAUGCCGUCAGGAAUCCGGAAGAGUGGCAGCACGACUCGUCUCGCCAGAAUGCAAACGGCCGCAACGCCUCCAAGAAGGGCGCCGAUGCCACCGCCGAAGCAGCCUCCACCGAAUCCCAGCUUCCCUUCAUCGACUGGGCCGGCUGGCCUGCGGUGACUGCCAUCGACCUCAUCCCCGCCGUCGCUCGUCGUCCUCGUCAGCUGCCUCUGUGCCUCCGCCAGCUCUCCCUCGCAUCGUGGAACCCGCCUCCUCAGCACUGCAAGCUCAAUGGCCACCUUCUCUAUCUCCAGGUUGGCACCCUCGAGGGCGAGGUCAUCUUCAUCACCGCUUCCACCCACGGCUUCUACGUCAACAAAUCCUCGGGCGCUCGCUUCGACCCUAGCCCGCGCGCUUCGGGCCAGGACUUCGCCUCGUGCUCGCUCUUUGACCUCCUCUGCGGCUUCUCGCCCCUUUUCCUCGCAAGCUUCGCCAGGCUCUUCAACGACCCGCUAUCGUCGCGCGACUACUUCUCCGCCGUCCCCGUCACCAACUCGCUGCCCGCCAUUCCCUGGCUCGCUCGCCAACAUCCGCACAGCCCGGACCCUCUCCGCUCCCAGACCGCUUUCCUGCUCACCGGUGCCUCCUCCGCCGACACGCUCGAAGGCACGCGCGACUGGAACGACGAGCUGCAGUCCGCCCGGGAGCUUCCUCGCACCACGCUCCCAGAGCGACUCAUGCGCGACCGCGUCCUCAACCGCAUCUACUCCGAGUUCACCCAGGCCGCCGCACGCGCCAUCCCCAAGGUGGCCGCUGGCGAGGUGCAGGCCAUGAACCCCAUGGACAAGCGCGACGCCCAGAUGUUCAUUGUCAACAACCUCUUCAUCUCCAAGGGCGCCGACGGCGUUGACCUCUACCCUCACAUGGGUGGCGACGAGGCCGCCCACGUCGCCGUCGGCAAGGACAUCCAGGGCGUCAAGACGCUCAACAGCCUUGACGUCUCCGGCCUCUGCCUGCUCGGCACCAUCGUCGUCGACUGGAAGGGCGAGCGCUGGGUCGCACAGAGCGUCGUCCCCGGUCUCUUCCGACGCCGAGACGAUGCCGACGCCGAGCUCGAAGAUGGCGAUGCCAACACGGCUCAAGAAACUGAGGCCGCAAAGGAAGAGCCCAAGGCUGAGAACCCCACGGACGACAAGGCUGCUGCUGCCAAGUCUCCGCGCAGCGACCUCAACGACGACACGCAGGUGGUGUACGGCGGUGUGGAAGGCCCCGAGGUCAUCCGCGACAAUGCUGCCUUCCACAAGCUCUUCCGCCAGGUCGCCCAGACGCUCCACCUGAGCGAGCACGACGUCGAGGAUGCCAACGGCCGCACCCAUCCGCUCUGGCUCAGCGUCGACUCCAAGGGCCUUCGAGGCGCCGACGGUCGUCGCUACGUCCUCGACCUGGCGCGUCUCAACCCGGUCGACAUCAACUGGCUCGAAAAGGACAUUGCUGGCGCCAUUCACGGAAGCGAGUCGUCGUCGUCGUCGGACGACAAGGCGCGCUACCCGCACCGCAUGACGCUGCUCCGCCCCGAAUUGCUCGAGAUCUACUGGGACAGCGAGUUCCGAAAGUGGGCUCGCGCCAAGCUUGCCGAGCGACAGGAGGCCAAAGCAGCCAAGGCUAGCGAGGCCAAGGCUGUCGAGGGCAAGGAGGACGCCAAGGAGGAGGGCGCUGACGCCGACAAGGCCGAGGCAGAGGCCGAGGAGGAGCCCGAGCGCCUCGACUCGUCCGAGUUCAAGCUGACCUUCAACCCGGAUGCGUUUGUGGAGUUCAAGGUGGCCGACCCAAGCGUCGAAGAUGGCUCCAAGGUCAUCACGCCCAUCACCGACGAGAGCGAUGCGAGUAUCGCUGCCGUGCGACAGGCAUCGGACUUCCUGCGCAAGGUGGCCAUCCCUCGCUUCGUGACCGACGUGGCUGCGGGUCUUUUCACUGCCGCCGAUGGUGGCGCGCUCAGCCGACAGAUGCACGCUCGUGGUAUCAACAUCCGCUACCUCGGUUACGUUGCGCGUCUGUGCGCACCCGAGGCCAAGAGUGAGCUCGAUCAGGAGCUCAUCAGCAAGGCGGGCCCAGGCCACGAGGGCUUCCUGCACGCCUUCCGAAGCACGGUGCUGCACGAGAUGGUGCUGCGUGCGAGCAAGCGCGUGCUGCGCGGCCUUGUGCGCGACGUGGAGCAGGUCAACGUGGCCGCGUGCGUGUCGCACUUCCUCAACUGCCUUGUCGGCGACAAGGUCAACGCGGCACCUCAGUCGCAGCCCACGAGCUCGCCGCUCUCGGAUGCGAGCGAGGCCGAGUGGACCCAGCUCACACCCGAGUCGCUCAAGCAGAAGCUUGUCGAGGAGAUCCGCAAGCGCUACCGAUUCGAGCUGCCUCUGUCGUUCUUUGACCAGGAGCUGCGCCGACCCCAGCUGCUGCGUGAGGUUGCGCUGCGCGCUGGUGUGCAGCUCAAGCUGCAGGACUACGUUCUGGAAGGCAAGCCGGUCGAGGCGGACGGUGCGCUGUCUGACGACUCGCACGGCGAAGUGCAGGCCAACGGCAAUGCCAAGGAGAACGGCGCGGGUGUCUCGGGCAAGAAGAACAAGAACAAGAAGAAGGGCAGCAACGGCGAGCUGAACGGCAGCAAGAAGACGGCCGGUUCGGCCGACAAGAAGCCGAUCCAGGCUGCUCGCACCACGAGCUUCGAGCCGUCGGACGUGCUGAACCUGGUGCCGGUCGUCAAGGACUCGACGCCCAAGAGCACGCUGGCCGAAGAGGCAUUUGACGCUGGCCGACUGUCGAUCAGCCGCGGCGAUCGCGAUCUGGGGCUGGAGCUGCUGCUGGAGGGCGUGAGCUUCCACGAGCAGGUGUACGGGCUGGUGCACCCAGAGGUGGCUCGAUGCUAUGCGCUGUUUGCCACGAUCGUGCACCACCUUGCGGGCGUUGCUGCGAUGGAGCGCGCCGAGAUCCUCAACCAGGCCAAGGCCGAGAACAAGGAGGUGAGCGAGGCGGAUCUGCCUGCUGUGAACGAGCAGGUGAGCAUGGCGAAUGCGGUGCGCUACCAGAGGCAGGCGGUGACGGUGUCGGAGCGAACGCUGGGUCUGGACCACCCGGAGACGCUCAACCAGUACAUGAACUUGGCGGUGCUGGAGCGUUCUGCGGGCAACACGCGCGAGUCGCUGCUGUGCCAGCGCCGAGUGCUGGAGCUGUGGAGCCUGUUGUACGGCCAGGAGCACCCGGACUGCAUCAAUGUGCUGUCGAACGUGGCGCUGACGCUGCAGAACGCCAAGCUGUUCGAGGCGAGUCUGCGGGUGUACGAGUCUGCACACCAGCUUGCGCUGCGGCUGUUUGGCGCGGACAGCAUCCACACGGCGAACCUGGCGCACGAGCUGAGCCAGGCGCACACGCUGGUGGGCGAUCUCAAGACGGCGCUGACGGUGGAGAAGGAAGCGUGGCGCGUGUUCGAGGCGCGACUGGGCAAGGAGGAUGCGCAGACCAAGGAGAGCGAGACAUUCUGCCUCAACCUCGCCGCUUCGGCGGUACGUGUGGCCAAGCUGGAGAAGGAGGCGAGCGCGCGCGAGGCACGACAGGGUGCGUUCGGCCUGCCCAACGCACGUCGUGUGGGCGCCAACGCCACUGCCAACGGCGCCGCUACGACGGGCGCCAUUGCGGGUGCAGCGCCAGGCGGAGCCCCCGCCAAUGCCAACAAGUCGCUCGACGAGAUCGUGCGCUUCAUUCAGGGCGGCUCCUCCACACCGUCCUCGACCAAGGGCAAGAGCAAGGGCAAAGGCAAGGCAGGCCGUCGAUGA